AUGAUCACCGAGAUGCGCAUGAGCGACGGCUACAUGUCCGCCACGAAGAUGUGUCAGUCUGCUGGGAAGACGUGGGCCGACUACAAAGAUGGUCAUAGAGCGUUCAUGGACGGCUUGACUCGCGCAGUGGACAGGAGCGACGUCGUUCAGACGUCGCUCAGCGGCCCGAAUCAUCAGCGAGGGACGUGGAUUCAUCCGCAAGUGGCGAUGAAUCUCGCCAUGUGGUGCUCACCUCAGUUCGCGGUGAAGGUGAUCGACCUCGUGGUCCGAUAUGGGUCCGGGCAGGUCACCGCCGAGGAGACUCGGGCUGCCACCGAGCACGGGGAUCCGGUGGAAGAGACAUGCGAGGAGUACAGGGCCCUCAAGCGCCUGAAGGUGCAGAAUGAGAUCGAGAUGGAGAAGGCGAAGCAUGCGAACGAAAUGGCGAAAGUGCAAUCAGAAGCCCCCCGACUGCGUGUGAAGAGCACCCAGCAGCUCGUAGAAGAGAGCAUGCGCCUGUGUCGCACCUUGGUGACGAGCGAUCCGUCCUUGAUCGAGAUGAUCAACCGCGCGCACAACAACCUCAUCAUCAAGUCUCUACGGAUCGAGGAAGUGGACGAAUUUUCACAAGACACCACAGAGUAG